UCGUUUAAACGAACUGGGUAGCAUUUACUGUUGUUUCAAAUAAACAAAGCAGAAAAAUUAUAAGUUUUUUUUGAGUUUCGCCCUCACAGUAUUUUUGCUAAUGUAUCUGACAACCCUGACAUUGCCGCUAUGUUGGUACAAGUGCAAGAUGGCGUCCGAGAAACCCGGGAUCAUUGAAAGAGAUGGAAAUUUAGGCGACUUUGAAAACGAUCUGAUCAGCAUGGAAAACCUGGAUAGAACCUCACCAGAAAUGUGGCCAGAGAAAGUGCCUGGUGUAACCGAUUUUAUCAACAGUUACAACAGCACGCACCUUCCCGCCAAACUGCCCUAUUCCAAGGAAAUCACUUUGGAAGACCAGAAAUACAUGCACCAACUGGCUAGUUUAUCAACAUCACGCUUUUUCUCGAAAGUUAAGGAACUUCACGAUAUCGCCUAUCAGUUAGGGGUUGAAGAGUCAAAGGAAGUAACCAGGGGUAAAUACUUAGACAUAUUUAGUAAAGGGCAGGACGAUGAUGAAUAGUUUUAAGUAAUAGCUUAGCAGUUGUUCGAAAUGUGCUGUGAUCAAUUAAUAGUCUUGUGAAAAAUAAUAUGGCGCCCUAUUUGUAAGAAUUAGCGUUUUCUAGUCCGUUAACAGGCUAGCCAGUAUACUUUUUACGUUUUAUUGCACUGGAAAAUAAAUUCCAUACCAUAAAGCUGCGAAGUAUAUUUUAAGUAAUAGUACUUACUUAAUAGAAUUACACAUUCUAUUGUAAGUAAUUUCCAGAUGGCUUUCAUAGUUUAAUAAGCGAUAUUGUUCCGAAUGAUAGCCAUCGCUUAAAUGUAUGUUAGUGUGCUGCAAGACACAAAACUAUAUGUUUUUAAAAACUUAAAUUUUGAUGUCUAAUUGAAGCGACUGGGUUUCUGUUAAAAUGGGUUCUUUAAUCAGUGAGGGACACAGGGAAGAAUAUAUUGCAUUUUCAUCAAUCCACUGUAGUGGUGGGAAAAAAAACUCGUUACUCAUCCUAGCAAUGACAUUGGAGAAGAAAGAAGCCCGGUGAAGAAUGAAUCAACCAAAGCAAGAAAGCGCAAGGAGGUUGGUUUACAUAUGAAAUGUCCUGUUAAAGAACUUAUGCCGAUUGGAAUAAAUAGUCAUGGCGGAAAAAUCUGAUGCGUAAAUGAAAAAAUGCGUGAAAGCCAAAUCGAUAUUGUCGAGUAGACAGAAAGUCUGAAGAAUAAAUCAAUGACAAAUUAAGAAUUAAUUAAUUCACAGGAAGAAUGAAAGUAAAAUCGCCAAGAGAUUGUCUCGGAAAAGUAGAAGUGAGAACUACGCAAUUGUGACUUUAUUUUCCUUUCUUAAACCGUUGUUUUGUUACCCUUUAUACAAUUAAAUCUUGCAUAAAAAUG